AAGACUUAAUUAAAGGCAGUGAUAAGAAAUUAUACGAGAAUAUGAAAAAGGAAGAAUAUGUGUCAAGCAAAUGAAGAGAAACAGAAAUGAAAUGAAGAAGAUAUUUUAAAUAAAUUCCAAAUAUGUUAUUUUUUAAAUUACUUUUCAUAUAAGUUGUUUUGAGAUAAAUGUAUAAAGUACAUUAAUUUGUGAUACUAUGUGUAUACUGCUUGGAAAUAUUUGCAAAUACUGGUGUAAGCAGUUUACGUAUGAUUUAUUUUUUGAUGUGGGGUGGUCUAGUUACUUGUAACGUAUCAAUUUUCGUUUAAAGAAUGUUGCUAGAAAGAAAAUUAUUUUUCUAUUUGCACACAAACUUUAACAAUACUUUAAAAUCAGCGAUUAAUUUUAGAUAUUUAUAUAUUCGAUUAGCAAUGAAGUGAAGAGAUUAUCGGUUUUAAUGCUCUUAUCAUAUUUUACAGGUUUAAUCAAUCAGAAGUUAAGAAAUGGGAAGUAUCGAUGUGGCAGUUGCGAGAAAGAAUUCGUUUCGAAAAAUGGGUUAAAAUAUCAUCGAAGGCUUCACACUGGAGAGAAACUCUUUGCCUGUGAUCACUGCCAACAACGUUUUCCACUAAAAGGAAACCUGAUUCUACAUCUUCGAACUCACACGGGGGAGAAACCAUUCUCUUGUGACCAUUGCAAACGAAGUUUUACACUNACUAUUGUGAGAGGUAAGAUAUUUAUAUAUUCGAUUAGCAAUGAAGUGAAGAGAUUAUCGGUUUUAAUGCUCUUAUCAUAUUUUACAGGUUUAAUCAAUCAGAAGUUAAGAAAUGGGAAGUAUCGAUGUGGCAGUUGCGAGAAAGAAUUCGUUUCGAAAAAUGGGUUAAAAUAUCAUCGAAGGCUUCACACUGGAGAGAAACUCUUUGCCUGUGAUCACUGCCAACAACGUUUUCCACUAAAAGGAAACCUGAUUCUACAUCUUCGAACUCACACGGGGGAGAAACCAUUCUCUUGUGACCAUUGCAAACGAAGUUUUACACUAAAACAUCAUCUGAUAGGACAUCUUCGUCUUCACACCGGAGAGAAACCAUUCUCGUGUAAUCAUUGCUUACAAAAAUUUCGUGUUAAACGUUCUUUAAAGUAUCAUAUUAUUAAACAUCAUAAUAGUAAUGAAUACAAUGAAGUGAAGAGAUUAUCGGUUUUAAUGCUCUUAUCAUAUUUUACAGGUUUAAUCAAUCAGAAGUUAAGAAAUGGGAAGUAUCGAUGUGGCAGUUGCGAGAAAGAAUUCGUUUCGAAAAAUGGGUUAAAAUAUCAUCGAAGGCUUCACACUGGAGAGAAACUCUUUGCCUGUGAUCACUGCCAACAACGUUUUCCACUAAAAGGAAACCUGAUUCUACAUCUUCGAACUCACACGGGGGAGAAACCAUUCUCUUGUGACCAUUGCAAACGAAGUUUUACACUAAAACAUCAUCUGAUAGGACAUCUUCGUCUUCACACCGGAGAGAAACCAUUCUCGUGUAAUCAUUGCUUACAAAAAUUUCGUGUUAAACGUUCUUUAAAGUAUCAUAUUAUUAAACAUCAUAAUAGUAAUGAAUAA